GCACGAAAAUAUUUUAUUCGAAAUUACAGCGGAAAUAUUAUAAAUUAUUUAAAACAGGCUUGAAAAAUUUUAUGUUCUAAUUCAAAUCCUUCGACACACACUGUUUCGUGAAUUGGAUACUCAGUUAAUAAAUUUAAUAAGUAUAUAAGGGCGAACUAAAUGUACGAGUUUGGGGAUGCGUUACCUGGGAGAUGUAAACAACAAAUUUAUUUAUCUUUUUAUUCGCACUCCACCUGAUUCGUAUUCGAAAUGGAGCACGCAUAUAUUCGAACAUCAACAAGAAAGAAAAGGAGAGAGAUUGCAAAAGAUGCAGUUGAGAGAAAAAGCUGUUCGUUUUAGAUACGGAAAAAAACAUUAUUGACCCUUCGUAGAAAGGUCUCUCGAGCGAGAUGGCCGUGUCCCUGCAAACUCGUGUUUUCUACGGUCUGAGAACAGACAUCGCUGGUAACGCGCAUUACGUCACGGACGCUGAGAUUUUAUAUCCGGUUGGUAAUGCACUGGCGAUUCACAAUGUUCUUCAGCAUCAGCAGAAGUUGAUUCGAUUACCCGACAAGUAUCACGCAAACGCAAUUUGUGUUUCUCCUAACAAAAAAUAUGUCGCUUUAUCCGAGGUAGGAGACAAACCUACUAUAUCCGUUUAUGAUCUCAAUUCUCUGAAGCGAAGGAAACUGCUCGGUAUACCAUUCGACGCGCCGGGAGUGACCCGGUUCAUGUGUCUGGGUUUUACUUUCGAUAGUAAGAAUCUAGUAGCGAUCACCGGCGAACCUGAUCAGACAAUGCUCUUUUAUAACUGGGAGAAGGGCAAGGUUGAGUCUUCAUUCAAGUUGGCUAACCCGCAGAAUCCGCUGGCGAUCGCCGAAGUGCUAUCUUGCAAUCCGGGAGAUUCGACGGUGGUGGCGGUCGGCGGUGCUUACACCUUCAAGUUUCUUACCGUCUCCGAGACGGUCUGGCGUCCGUAUGGUUUCGCCAAGGCAGAGAAUCUCCUCGUCUGUUCGAUGGCCUGGCUGGAUGGUGACAGGCUGAUGGUCGGCACCGAGGACGGUCGCAUGCUCUACCUAGAGAACGGUGAUCUUAAAAACAUUUACAGAAUGACCGACACGGUGUCAAUGAAUCUAAAGAUUCGCGAGGAAUAUGUAAUGCCUGCCGCCGUAAGCUCGCAGAUAACACUGACGGUCGGCGAGGAUGUUACUUGGCAGCAGAACGUAGCCUGCUUGAUCGCGUUUCCACGGGGAUUCGCGUACGCGUACGGGGCGGGGAUCGUGGUGCUCUUUGAGAAAGAGGGAAAGCACAAGUACACGAAGAGGAACAUCUACGUGAUUCCGCAGCGAGUGGCGAAGGAGGAAGAUCCUGAUCUCUACAAGAUCAAUACGAUCAACGUGAACCCCGGCUUCGAUCGGCUGAUCGUCACCGCCGGCUGGUCCCAGUUAUACUACGCGACGCUGUGGGGUCCGGAUCUGCAGAUGGACCCAGAGCCGCAGAGGCUGAAGAUUAUGGGCCAGCCGUUGCACCAUGGUCCCAUUAACGGCCUCAGCAUGUGCGCGUGGAAGCCGGUCUUCAUGACAUGUGGUGAGCUCGAUCGCAGCGUUCGACUAUGGGACUUCGAGACUCAGAGUCUCAUCAUGCUGAAGCAAUACAACGAAGACGUAUUCAGCGUCGCGUUGCAUCCGAUGGGGUUGUUCUGUCUGAUCGGCUUCACCGACAAGCUGCGCUUCAUGAGCAUCCUGAUCGAUGAUUUGCUGCCGAUGCACGAGAUCGCCAUCAGAAGUUGCCGAACGAUUUGCUUCAGCUACAACGGUCACCUGUUCGCCGCGGUAAACGGCAACGUUGUACAGGUGUACACCACCAUCGGCUUCUACAACCCGUUCGUGCUCAAGGGGCACACAGGCAAAGUGAAGACCCUCCUCUGGUCGCAGACGGACCUGAAGAUGCUGAGCAUGGGCGCAGAAGGUGCCAUUUACGAGUGGGACAUGACCACCGGCACACGAUCCAGCGAGUUCAUUUGGAAGGGUGUCGCCCUGCGUGACAUCGUACUCUCAUCGGACGCGUCGUUCAUCUACUGCAUCACCCAAGAUGACUACAUACGCGAAAUCAAGGAAAAUGCGAUAAUACGAGAGUUUCGACUGCCCGGCAGAGAGAUGCAACAGAUAAUCAUGGGAAAAGAUGACUUGACGCUGUUCAUAACUUCUUCCGACGGUAUCAUCAUCUCACUGAAAAGUCCGCUUCAAACUCCAAUAGAGUCAACGGAUUUCCAUAUGCACUACGUUGAUAUCACACAGAUCGCGCUCUCUUACAAUGAAAAUUGCUUAAUCUCGGUUGCAAAGGAUGGCAGUUUGUGCAUCUGGAAGUUAUUCUUUACCGAAGGAAAAGUAAAGAUGAGUCGAGAUCUGCCGUAUACGAAUGAAGUGUUGAUCGGUAAGGGUGACUUGGAGGAGAAGAUACACAGCAUCAAGAAUUUGACGGUGAGACUGAGAGAAAUGGAAACCGAGCACGCGUACAAGCUGCGGCAAAUCGACGUUCAGCACAACGAUAAGUUGCGUGACGUGCACCACGGCUACUGCGAGGCCAUCAGGGAACUACGAGAUAAAAUCGAGAGGCUUCAGGAGGAUCAUACAACCGAGAUCAACAACAUGAACGUGAACAUCGUGAAGAUGAAGGCUACUCACGAGGAGGUGAUGCGGCAAAUGGAAAAUAAUUAUGAGGCCAAGUUGAUAACGGAAUACGACAAGUAUCAGGCGUUUGAGGAGCAUACUAACGCCAUGCGAGAGAAUUACGAGGUGCAAUUAAAGGAUCUUGAGAAACGCGAUACGGAGGAGCUGCAAAAAACUGUGACAAAGUACGAAGCGUUGCUUCACGAGAAGAAAGUGCAACUGGAGGAAGCGUCUGACGAGAUGACGUACAAGGAGCGCGUUCAUGAACGUUUGAUGGCACAGAUAGAGGACGACGCGGACCAUGAAACUCUGGAGAUUCGCACAAAGUAUGAGAAUCUCCUGUACGAGGAGAAACAGAUCAAUUUGAAGCUGAAGGGAGAGGCCGGAGUGAUGCGAAACAAAUUCAUGGCCAGUCAGCGAGAUGUGGACGAUUUCAAGAGACAGGUGCAUCGGGUGCAGGGCGAAUUUGCGCAAUUUCAAAAAAAUAUACAGGACCUUGAAAAGCAGAUAACAGAUUUGAAGAAGGAGAUCACCGAAAGGGACACCAUCAUCCAAAAUAAGGAGCAACAAAUAUACGAUAUGAAACUGACAAAUCAGGAAUUGGAGAAAUUCAAGUUUGUGUUGAAUUUCAAGAUUGAGGAGUUAAGGAAUCAGAUAGAACCGAAAGAUCAAGAGAUACAGGAGCUGAAGGACAGUCUUCGGGACAUGGAGGAGGAACUUAUAAGUUUGCAAAAGACGAAUGAGAACUUGGAGCUGCAGCUGCAAGAGGUACAAGAGAAAUUGCGCGCGGCGCGUAAAGAGAUCGAUCACGAGAUACACAAGAACAAAAGGUGUCAGCAGCUAUUGCGAAAAAUUCGCGUCGACAUUCUCGACGCCUCGGGGCUCGUGCAAGAUCCGAAUGCUCUGAAGACGGCGGUGACUAACUUGUAUCACAAGUAUAGCGCGGACGAUGAAUUCCUACGUAGUCGCAAAGCGGACGUGGACGCGCAGUACGAAUUUAUGAGGCAGAGAGAUCACCUGGAAAAGACUGUCGAGUCUCUGAAGAAGCAGCUGUCCCGAGACACGUCUAACGCCGACAAACAUUUGAAGAGAGUGGAGGAGAAUAGCAUGCUUAUCGUAGAAUUGAACGCAUUGAGGGAAGAGUUGAAGGAGGCACGAGAACACAUCUUGCAUAUGGAGAGUAUGCUGGGAUUGAAGACGCAAAAAGACAUGAGACCUGCGGAAGCAAGAAAAAUCCUGGAGCAAGCGUAUCGCGGAUACAAGGAGUUGCAAGAGAAAUAUAUAAGGCAAACGCAUGACUAUCAGCGGGUUAUCUUGGCAUUAAAGGAAGACGUUAAACGACUAUUAACCAAAGUUCCAUGUGAAGAGACGAAAGAAGAAAAGACGCAGUCUUGAAUAAGUUUGUGACAUUUAAUCGUUUUCUUAGGAAUUUGAACAUUGUAGACUUUUACAAAUUAACUUUGACAAAUUAAUAUUUGAAUAUAUUUUUUAUACAUAGUAAAAAUAAUUUUGUGUAUAUUUAUGUUCUUUCUAUGCUGUAAUUAUAUAUGUAAGUGUAUAUAUAUGUAUAUAUUUAUUCAGAGAAAUAAAGGCGCGAUACACAACA